UGUGUAACUUGUUGUACAAAGUAGCCGAUUACAUAAAAGGACAAAAUGGGAUACUGGCUUCCCAUCCUAACGGUCUUAGUGGCCAGUUUAGCUCCACAAUAUGUUAGUGCAGCUUCCUGUACUAUAACAAAAUACAGCGCUUCAGACAUCAAAAGUGCACAAAGCUCCUGUUCUGAAAUUGUUAUCAAUGGAAUUGAAGUAGCUGCUGGUGAGACACUGGAUUUGACACAUCUUAAGCAAGGCACCAAGGUAACCUUCAAGGGAACCAUCACAUGGGCUUACAAAGAAUGGACUGGACCACUGCUUAGCGUCGCUGGUACUGACAUUGAAAUCAUUGGUUCUUCAGGACACGUGCUCGAUGGUCAGGGCAGUUUGUGGUGGGACGGUAAAGGAGGAAAUGGCGGAAAGAAGAAGCCGAAAUUCUUCAAAGUCAAACUAACGAACUCAAAAAUCCACAAAAUCAAUAUCAAAAACUCUCCUGUCCACAUAUUCUCAAUUGGCAACAGUGAUGGCGUAGUGCUUCAAGACAUCUCCAUUGAUAACUCCGCAGGCGACUCCGGUGGUGGCCACAACACCGACGCUUUCGAUGUUGGUAACUCCAAUGAUAUCACCAUCAAGAAAAGCACUAUUUACAACCAAGAUGAUUGUUUGGCAGUUAAUUCUGGAACCAACAUCGUAUUCUCAGAUAACUACUGUUCUGGUGGUCACGGAAUCUCCAUCGGUUCCGUUGGUGGCAGAGACAACAACGUCGUUAAAGGCGUCAAGGUCAGCAGCUGCCAAAUUGUCAACUCAGACAACGGAGUAAGAAUUAAAACCGUCUAUGGCGCAUCUGGAUCCGUGUCUGACAUUACAUACCAAGACAUCACCCUGUCUGGAAUUCACAAAUACGGUAUCGUCAUUGAAGGUGACUACGAAAAUGGAAGCCCAACUGGCACACCAACUGGAGGCGUUCCAAUCACCGGUUUGACUGUGAAGAAUGUUAAAGGUUCAGUCGACUCUAGUGGCGUAAAUGUUUACAUUUUAGUAGAAAGCGCCUCCGACUGGCAUUUCUCUGGCAUCUCCGUCUCAGGUGGAUCCAAAACCAAAACUUGCAAAGGCAUUCCUUCUGGUGCAGGAAUUUCGUGCUGAUGUCGAUGAACCUUUCAACUUUUUACAAAAUUUGUAUGGUUAAUGUAAAUAUCGUGUAACAACAUAUUAUUAAUAAACAGUAAUAUCAA